AAAGAUGUAGGGGCAGAGAGUGAAUAGCCUUUCAACUUUUGUUUCAGUGUUUUUAUGUCUUCCUUUGCAUAAACCAGAAAAACAGCAACAAAAGAGUGCAGUGUCUUACGGAAAGAUGUACUGAAAUGUGAAAAGUGUUUCCUCUUACAGGUUUUAGAACAGCAUCAUGCUGAAAUUCAUUCGAACGCAUGCGCAAAAGUCCUAAAUUAGUGUAAUGGUCGUCCCCUAUUUUUUUUUUAUAGGCUUUCAUAGGUUUUGUUGUGGACACAAGGGUGGUGUCCAUCUCUCCCUGCUUUAUAUCCCUAAAAUGGAGUCCUGUAAAAGCCACUAAGGGGAAAAAACACCGACCAUCUUCCUAGGUGACUGAGGUAUGCAAUUCCAACAGGUUGGCGCACUGUCUGGUCCGGAUGCCAGUGCUUUAUAACCAUUUGAUUAUCCGCUUCCCUUUAUAAUCAGCUAGCGUAGCAUCAUGGAUGUAUACAAGUUUGUGGUAGCAUAGAUUGAAUAUAAACGUCACAUCGCGGACGCAUAUUUUGCAGUGGCCAAAACCAUCAUCUCAGCAAGAACAGACGGUCUUAGGUCAAUUCGUCCCACUGUAGCGUUAUGUAAGUUUAGCUGUAGUUUAAUUAUUCCUUAUUGUUACUCUUCGAGGAGCAUAGGGCCGCUACAACACCUCGCCAACGUACCCGGCUUUAGGCAGCCCCCAUCUGUUGAGUCCAUGUGGUUCCGACGUCCUUUGCCUCGCUCUCUUCUGUUCGGCGACCUGGCUUAUUCCCAAAGGCUUUCACCAGAACGCGUCACAAGCUCUUCUAGAGAGGAAUUUUCCCGACCAGGUCCUUGUGACCCCCAUGGCUGAAACAAAUAGUUGUAUGGAGACACAGUUUUACCCUCCAUCUUGUUCUUCUCUUGGACCAUUGAAUAAUAUCUUGCCCCGCUCACCAUCAGAACUGUUAAGUGUUGUUCCCAAACUUGAAACACUGGGACCUGCCUAUACUAGCAAAGUUACAUCUGCUGCAGAACAUAUGUACACUAAACAGUACUCUAUUUGCAUUGAAAACUGUGAUGUCCUCAUUGACCAUACAUGGGAGAGGUUGAAUACUGGCCAUUGGAAAGAUAUCAAUAUUACCUGGCGCUAUGCAUAUACUUUGGUAUCUUUAUUAAAAGCACUUAGCCAGUGUGCUUUGUUAAGUGACAGCAACAGCAACAUCAAUCAUCUGGAUAUUUUGAAAACUUGUGACAUGGGUUUGCUGAUGGGAGCACCAAUUAUGGACAACAUACUGGCUAAAAUGUCCCGUAAAUUCCAAGAAUCAUUUGGCAAUCGGAGACUAAGUGUUUCAGCAGACGAGCUGUCUAAAGAAGAAGAUGCUGAAGAAACAGUUCCAAGAAAACUUGCUAAAAGAGAUAAACAAGAAGCAACAGAGCUGGGUAUGUCAGCUUCAGAGAAUAUUUCUGCACCAAUUGAUUGCCAGGAAAACAGUCAGUCAGUUGAGGCUACAGCACAUAAUGGGAGAGAGGUUCCUCGAUAUUGCUGCCCAUCAGUGGAAAUGUUUCAUGCAACUUUUUUUGACUUACAGCAUCCAGUAGUCAUAACUGAUGCUAUUGGAUACUGGCCUGCACUGACCAGCCACAAAUGGUCUCUUCGAUAUUUGAGGAGAAUAGCAGGGUCACGCACAGUGCCUGUUGAGAUUGGUUCACGCUAUACAGAUGAAGACUGGACUCAAAAACUUAUGACAGUGAAUGAGUUUAUUGACCAGUAUGUGACAAAUCCUCAACCUGGUGCUAAAGGUUAUUUAGCACAACACAAUCUCUUUGACCAGAUAACUGAGCUGAAAGAUGACAUCAGUAUUCCAGUAUACUGCUGCCUUGGUGAUGAAGAAGAUGUGGAUAUUAAUGCCUGGUUUGGCCCUGAAGGCACAGUAUCUCCUCUGCACCAGGAUCCCAAACACAACUUCCUGUGCCAGGUGAUGGGAGAAAAGUAUGUAAGACUUUAUUCACCUGAAUUCACCCAGCAUCUUUAUCCACACCCAACCAAACUGUUGGAAAACACAAGCCAAGUUGAUUGUGAAAACCCAGAUCUGGAGAAAUUUCAGAAAUUUGCAGAAGCAGUUUACCUUGAGUGUGUUUUAAAGGAAGGAGAAAUGUUGUAUAUUCCACCAAAAUAUUGGCAUUACGUAAAAUCAUUAUCAGUUAGCUUUUCAGUCAGCUUUUGGUGGCAGUAAACAAAAGGAUUUUUCUUUAUAGGACCAAGAUUUAAAGCUUAGUUCAUGAUUAAAACAUGAUUUUGGCAGCUUUCAUUCUGCAGGAAUUAACUGGCCUGCUGAAAUAAGAAAAUGUAAAUAGUUAAAUUUUGAACUAAUUAACAUUUAUUUAAAAUAGUGUUGCAUGUACUGAUGCAUAAUCUGCGUAGCUUUGUAUUCAGAGCACUUUUGUCCUUUAAGUAUUUAAAAAAAAGUUUUUUUGCUAUGUUGGAGGUGAGCGGACAUGUACACAUUUUUUUGGUAAAUCAAAUGUUAUAAAAUGGCAUUGUUUGUUUCUUUUUUGUAAAACAUUCUUUAUUUUUAUAUCAAUUAUUUUACCAACAAAAUAAAGACUUACACAUGAACACCAGUUCCAUGCUUUGUUGAAUAUAGAAGGGUCAGGUAAAGACUUCACAUAUGCAUUAUGUAAAAUCUGAAUUUGUUUAGAGGGGAGGUUCAUGUUUUACAAUGAAAUUUUAAUUUUUGUAGACAGCUAGCUGGUUGUGAGUGUUAACAUUUUGUCAGUAAGAGAUUAUUUUGUAGUGAGGUAGUCCAGCUAUGCAAAUAAUUGUCACAUCCAUUUGAACCCAAAACUUAAAAUUCUCUCUGUCCUGAUGACAAGCACUUUUACCAUUGCACAUGCAUAUACACAUACAUAUGCAAACUUGUGUGCCAUUUAUUUGCAUGUAAGGUCAUAAAUCUCAACAACAGUAAUGAUUCCUUUAUUGCCUCUCCACAGUGACAUUAACUGGUGUUAUCCUACAUAAAAAGACAUGGUUUGUCUUGUAAUUCAACAUUAAGACACUAAAAUGCAAUCUUAUAAAUAAAGCAGCCUGUCAAUGUGUGUGAUCAUGGCAAGCAGUGGUUGUCAGAUA